AUGCAGGCGAACGACGAGCGAUUUGUCGAGUAUUUCCGAAAUAACUACACGAAAUGCAACAAUUCGUUCGACUAUUUCGAUUCGCCGCAAUUUCAGUCGACGUAUUCGCACGCGAUUCUGAUGGUCUCGCUUCCGUUGAACGUUUUCGCCGGUUGGUGCAUUUAUUCGAAAACGCCAUCGCAUUUCCGUUCGGCGAAAUGGUAUCUCCUCAAUUUGCAUGCGUGGAUCAUAAUUGUCGACGUUUUGAUCAGCGGCCUUCUGAAUCCCUUUCUAUUCUUUCUAGUCCUUGGAGGAGUUACCACUGGAUUACUUGAACGGGUCUUCGGUGUGCCGGCGGCAAUUCAAACAUUGAUGGCGCAAAUCGGAUUUGCUGGCCUUGGCGUCUCAAUAAUCAUGAUAUUCGAGAAUCGUCACAAUCUUCUAGUUCGCGGACCAUUGAAAAUCGAAAAUUGGCAAAUCCGAAUCGCGUUUUACUCAAUCAAUGCCUUGUAUGGAAUUGCGUUCGCGAUUCCGAUCUACAUGAACAUUCCCGAUCAGAAAUGGGCGAGAUUGAAAAUGUUGGAGCUUUUGCCAUGCCCUCAUAGCGAUUAUUUCACAAAGGACAUAUUCAUCGUCUCCACUGAUCCAUUAUUCGUUACCAAGACAUUCCUAACCCUUUUGAUUUUUUAUGUCAUCGAGAGUUUUUCAUUUGCUUUUCAUUCUUCAUUCUUUUUAUGGAGUAUUAAUAACCAUAUGUCGUAUCGAACAAGACAAAUGCAGCGGAAAUUCUUCAUCGACACGUGCAUUCAGGUCGCCGUCCCAAUAUUUGCAAUCAUCUCACCAUUCUUUUAUGUUAUAUAUUCAAUAAUUUAUAGUUAUUAUAAUCAAAUGUACAACAACAUCGUCAUCAUUCUUCUGUCGUUCCAUGGGUUCUCAUCGACGGCCACGCUCAUCAUUCGAAGUCCCGCGUAUCGCGACUACUUUUGCCACGUGUUUUUCCGACGGAAAUACACUAAGAAAAAUCACGUGGUUGAAAGUAUGAGCAUUGGCAUCGAUUUGGGCACCACUUUCUCAUGUGUCGCUCAUUAUCGAAAUGGAAAAGUCGAAGUUCUUGAGAAUGAGAAUGGUUGCCGAACGACGCCGUCAGUGAUUGCCGUUGAUGAGGACGGCGAAUGGCUGAUCGGCCAAACCGCCAAAGACGUUGUUUCGAAUCCGACCAAUUGUCUUUUCGACGUUAAGCGUGUUAUUGGACGACGCUACGAUGAUGUCCUUUUGCAGAAGGACAUGCCGUUGUGGCCGUUUCGGCUCGAAAGUGAUGGUGCCGAUCCAUACUUUGUCGUGGAAUCCGGCUCACAUCGUCACAGAUUCACCGCGGUCACCGCUUCUGCGCACAUUCUUGCGAGUCUCAAGAAGAACGCCGAGAGGAAGCUCGGAUUCCCGGUGAAGAAUGCCGUCGUCACAGUGCCGGCGUAUUUUAAUUCAACGCAGAGGCAGGCAACGCAAGAGGCUGCCAAGUUGGCCGGAUUCAAUGUUCUGCGAAUUCUCAACGAGCCGACAGCUGCCGCAAUCGCGUACAGUCUUGACGGCAAACGGCUCUCGCGCCGAAAUAUUCUGAUCUACGAUUUUGGCGGCGGCACGUUUGACGUCGCAAUUGUGAAUAUUAAUGGCCCUCAUAUUACGGUUAAAGCGAAAGGCGGUGAUGCCCAUCUCGGCGGGCAGGACAUUGAUAAUAUUGUUAUGCUGAAAAUGCUGGAAAAAUUCAAAACUGAGAAGAAAAUUGAUUUGAAGACGAAUUACAGAGCAUUGAAGAGAUUAAGGAAAGCCGCAGAGAAUGCCAAAAUCACUUUGUCUUCCAGUGGCGGUGCUCGAAUUGAGUUGGAAUGCAUUCAUGAGAACAUCGACUUCAUCAUGAAGAUCAAUCGCAAGGAGUUCGAGGGUUGGAUCGAUAAUGUGCUUCUCUCGACGAUGAUUCAUGUCGAGCGAGCGAUACGCGAAGCCGGCCUUCAAAAAUCGCAAAUCGAUGAGAUUGUGCUCGUCGGCGGCUCGACGAGAAUUCCGCGUCUCAAGACGAUAAUUCGCUCGAGUUUUCCGGAAUCGACGAAAAUUUGCGAAUCGAUUCAUCCCGAUGAGGCGGUGGCUCAUGGAGCCGCAAUUACUGCCGCAAUUCUUUCAGGUGUGGAAGAUGUUCAAGACAUGCGAAUGAAUGACAUCAUUCCAAUGUCGAUCGGAAUCCAGUGCAAUCGCGAUUACAUGAGCGUUUUAAUUAAAAAAGGCACCUGCUUUCCGUGCUUUAAAAAGAAAAUCUUCGUCAACAGCGAGGAUUACCAGACGAAAAUCGACAUCGACGUUUACGAAGGCGAGCGCGUUCUUUGUUCAAAUAAUCGUCACCUUGGCAAUAUUACUAUGGAUAUUGAGCCAAUGAGACGAGGUGAAUCGGUUGUUGAGAUUUGCAUGGAAGUCGAUCACAAUGGAAUUCUGCAGGCGACGGCGAUCGAUAAGAAAUCGAACAAAGCGAUCACAACGACCAUCCUCUAUGAUCACUGCACGUUCACAAAGGAGGAGAUUGAUGAAAUGACAAAGCACACCGAAGAGGACAGAAUGUUCGAUGAGAGAUUCCGCAAGCGAUACAAACAACUUCAAUCCAGUGAAGAUUUGGCAUAUGACUAUAAGCAUCGACUGGAGAAGAUCACUGCGAGCAUUGAUAAGGAGAAGUACACCAAAUUAAUGGACAUGAUCACCGACGAGAUCCGCUGGCUUGCCGACUUUCCAAAUGUCUCCUGCGACGAGUAUCAAUCUCGCCGUCAUACUCUCCGUCGCAAAGUGCUUCCAACGCUUCUUCUAAACCUUUCCUUCUAG